AUACGGAAAUAAGCGCAGAGCAGAAGCGAAGCCGUCGGCGAUACGAGAGAGAAAGAGGUAAUAACCGGAGGCUAGAGAAUUCCAGGAGACGAAGCAUCAGAUGGAGGGACGCUCUUCGACGAUUGCGUUCUUGGCGUUCGUUUGCUUUCUAUUGAGAUUGGGAUUAACUGAUGGGAUCAGAUUCGUCAUUGAUAGGGAAGAGUGUUUCUCCCAUUCAGUUCCUUACGAAGGGGACAUGGUUUACGUGUCAUUUGUUGUGGUCAAAUCUGAUACUCCCUGGCACUACAGCAAUGAUGGUGUUGAUCUUGUGGUAAAAGGUCCACAUGGUGAUCAAAUCCAUGAUUCUCGUGACAAGACCAGUGAAAAGUUUGAAUUUCUAGUUCAAAGGAGUGGUCUUCAUCGUUUCUGUUUCACGAACAAGUCUCCUUACCACGAGACGAUUGAUUUUGAUGUACAUGUCAGCCAUUUCACGCACUAUAAUCAACAUGCAAAAGAUGAGCAUUUGGCCCCUUUGCUGGAACAAAUUGCAAAGUUAGAAGAAGCUCUUUACAACAUACAGUUUGAGCAGCACUGGCUGGAGGCUCAGACUGACCGCCAAGCACUGGUAAAUGAAGCAAUGAGCAGGAGAGCAAUCCAUAAGGCACUCUUUGAAUCUGCCGCCCUUGUUGGGGCUAGCAUUCUGCAAGUCUUUCUCUUGCAUCGCCUUUUCGAGCGAAAGCUUGGCACCUCCAGGAUUUAGAUCUGUCUUGUUGCAGAAUGGAGUUUUAACAUCCUCAGGUAUUAGUGUUCAACUUUGAGGAUGCGUAUCAGUUAGCAUGAUUUUGUGCCUUAGAGUAGAAAAUUUGUAAUCUUGUGUUUUAUUUUACUGCUGAAACAGUGCAGAUUAGCAUUUGUUUUUAUCAUUUCUGAUCAUCCUUGUUAGGAUAAUGUAAUGGAUUGGCUAUGACAUGGUGUCCUUUAAAGUUUUGGAUCUGUGA